UUUGGAAGAUGCGUCAGCUAAUCCUGUUGCCUCUGUUCCUAGCAUGUCUUCCCCAUGUGAAGGGACAGGCUGUUGUUUUCAACAUUGGCGUCACUUUCUGCGAUGUCAAGUGCAUUCAUAGAAGCUCAUGCAGAAGUUUCGCGUACAACUUGAACACGCUCACAUGCCGACUGUCUCGAAGGACAGCCACGGGAAGGACGAUGAAGGGCUACGUCAUUCGUUCAAAAGGAAAACAAUUACCAUCAGCGAAUACUUGCUCGUCGAAGACUUGCAGUGCUGGCUCACAGUGUCUUGAAAAUCAUAUGGGACGUGCAGUUUGUGUGACAGUUCGUCCUUCCCCCCGCACACUGGGGAAGAGGUGCAGGUCAACCGCUGACUGUGCGGGUCCCGGCUUCAUCUGCUUCAGUGGAAAGUGCAAAUGUACCCCUGGUUUCAGCUUUAAUUAUGCCACAGAGACGUGCGUAAGGCGUUGUAAAGUCUAUGGAUCACGGAUGACUAUUUACAGAGGACUGGACAUGAAGUUCUACAAUAACCUGGAACUAAGAACUUCAUCACUGAAGUAUUGCAUUGAACGGUGUAUUCGGGAAAAGAGGUUUGUCUGUCUCACCGUGGAGUUUUCGGAAUCGGAAGAGAAGUGUAACCUCUCUAAGAAAGGGUACUUAGACAUCAAAGCAUCCUACCGAAAUAAAGGGGACAGAAGGUGGAUAUUGGGAUCGAGAAACUGUGCAUUCGUUAAGAUAUGAAGUCUUUGAAUGUUAUUGGAAGCACAUGAAUACAUGAUA